GAAGUACUUUUUUUAAAUCAGAAAAAUGUCUAAAAGAUGUCUAAGUUGUUUCAAUAAAUCUGUGAAAGCUGAGGAUGUUGUUGAGCCAGUAGUACUAAAAGAUGAUGAAGAAGAAACCCCGACAAGAAGACAAACAUGCAUCAUAGGAACUUUGGGAUACAAUGCACCUGAAUAUCUCUCCACUAGUGCCGAUUUUUAUGGAAAACUUGGGGAAGGUGAUUCUUCUUCAUCUUUGAAAAAUGAUUUCAACAAAGUGAAGACUUUUGAUUUACGAGGAGUGACAACAACAACAACAACAACAACAAAGGAGAAGUAAA